AUGUGUAAACACAUCCUCAACGCCCAGGUGGCCAUUCGGUCCGCGUGCUGCCGCAAAUGGUUCGACUGCGCCGAAUGCCACCAUGAGUCCGAGUCCCAUUCCCUUCAAAAGUCAAACGAGAUGAUCUUUGCGUGCAAGAAGUGCAGGAAAUGUUUCCGGAAGAAUUCCGAGGAGUUUGAAGAGAGUGACGAGUACUGCCCGCACUGUGAUAACCAUUUCGUUCUUGAAGCCGUGACCCCGAAGCCGAGAUUAGAAGUGGAGGGCGAGGAUAUCAGAAUCGACUCCAGAAUGAUCAAGGACGACCGUGUACGGGGAGACCAAGAACGAUCCAUAUUCAACGCCAAAGACUCCGCCGACCGCCUGGGUUGA